UGGUUCUCGUACAAUGGGAGGAUCAGCGAAGAUUAACAGUGAAGAGGAGUGGAACAUUUCUUUGGCAGGUUGUGGAUUCAGGAGUAUUUACUAUCUGGGGGCAUUAAGCUGUAUGCUUGAGUGGGCUCCACGCUUGGUUCACUGUGCCUCAAAAAUCUGUGGAGCUUCAUCCGGCUGUCUAGUGGCCGCAGGUCUGACUGUAGGGAUUCCCAUUGAAAAAUGCUGCGCUGAUGUGAUUUCCAUAGCAAAAGAAGCCAGAAAGUGUAAGCUGGGGGUUUUUCACCCAGGUUUCAACCUGCUGCAGAUAGUCCAACACUCUCUGCUUGUCAACCUCCCAGAGGAUGCCCAUGUCCGUGCCUCUGGAAGACUCUGCGUGUCUCUAACCAGAGUGUCUGAUGGGAAGAAUGUUUUGGUAUCAGAAUUUGACAGCAGAGAGGAGCUCAUUCAGGUUCUGAUGUGCAGCUGCUUUUUCCCUGUCUACUGUGGUGUGAUCCCACCUUCAUACCGUGGGGUGCUCUACAUGGAUGGAGCCCUGAGCAACAACAUGCCGCUGUCUGAGCAGGGGAACACCAUCACCAUGGCCCCGUUCUCUGGUGAGAGCGACAUCUGCCCCAGAGAGGGCACAUUCAACGCCCUCGAGGUGCACUACGGCAAUGUCAGUAUCCAGGUCAACACAGGCAACGUGCACCGGGUCUGGACGUCCUUCUUUCCUCCCAAACCUGAGAUGUUGGCUGAGAUCUGUCACCAUGGCUACAUGGAUGCUCUUCGUUUCCUGAAGGAAAACGAAUACCUCUCCCCCAGUAUGGUGGCUGAGAUGGACCCUCUCAAAGCUGCUUGUUGUGAGAUGGGAAAGCAGUCGACUGAAGCUGCAAAGGCACAGCUGAGUGGACUGAACUGUCUCCAGGAAGAGCAUCGCGGGCUAGACCAGCGGCUCAUAGAGAACCUCCCCGUUAGCAUCAAAAAGGUGCUGUGUGAUGAGUGCAGGGACAAACAUGAGGGUGGUGGUCUGUUGUCCGAGGUCAAUAAGCUCUUUCCAGUGAAAGUGGCUUCCUAUCUGCUCAUCCCCUGCACUCUACCUGCAGAGAUCACCUUCCUUCUAGCCAAAAGUGUGAUACUGUCAGGCUGUACGGCGAUGUGCAGACUCUUGGUGUCGGGCUUAGACUUCUACAGACAGAUGCUGAGGCGUGGAUUUGAGGAUACUGACAGGUUGUACCUCCACAGUGAGGCUCAGACUCAGGUUAGGAACAGCGGAAUCAGAGGGAAAGGAGAAAACUUUGACAUCAACUUGCAAAACAAGUAA